AAGCAAGAAACUGGAGAGAGAAGCAAGAGAGAGGAGGGGCAAAGAGAGGGGGAGGGGGAGGGAGAGAAGCAGGGGAGAAAGGGAGGGGGCAGAGGGAGGAGGGAGAGAGAAUCCAGAGAGAAGGUGGGGAAGGUAGGAUUGAGAAAUGAAGGGAGAGGGAGGGAGAGAGAAAUAAAGGUGGGGAGAGACCUAGAGAGGAGAGGGAAGAGAGUGGCAAGCAGACCGUGGUGAAGGUAAAAGGGGGAAAGAUACUGAGAGGGAAGGAGGGAGGGAGGGAGACAGAGACAGACCGAGGGGGAGAGAAGGGAUCCAGAGAAGGACACCAGGAAAGAGGGAUGAGCCUCUGAGGGGGCUUUAAAGGGAAGAGUGCAUCGAGGGAGGAAGAGAAAAGACCAAAGAGAAGAAAUGGAGAGACAGGCAAGAGAGAGGAAGGUGUGAGAGAGACAGACACAGAGAGGGAAGAGAGAGAAGGGGGAGUUACGGAGGGAGAUAGAACGGAAGACAGACUGGGAGGAAAAAGCCGAGGCUGAAAAGGUAGGGAAGGAGAGAAGGAGCCUGGGGGAGAGCUCCCCUCACUCUUCUGGGAUUUGGAGGCUGGACGCCCCUUGGCAGAGGAAGAGGGGGGCAAGAGGGGCGGGUCGGGGUCGGUUCCCAUUGAAAAGCAGAAGAGACUCAGAGACAGCAGAUACUCAUUGAAAGCCAGGUGGACAGAGACCCAGAGGCGGCAGAGGGGCAGAAGAAAACAAGGGGCUGUGAGAGACCGAGACCCCUGAAGGCACUGGUGCCUGGGACCUCGGAGCCUUAGCUAUGGGGGGCCCGAUGCGCCUCAGCCCGCCCCGGGCCCUGCUCCUCGGGGCUGCCCUGGGAGCUGCAGCUCACAUCGGCCCUGCGCCUGCCCCUGAAGACUGGUGGACCUACAAGGAUAAUCUGCAGGGCAGCUUCGUCCCAGGGCCGCCCUUCUGGGGCCUGGUGAACGCAGCCUGGAGUCUGUGCGCUGUGGGGAAGCGGCAGAGCCCCGUAGACAUAGAGCUGAGAAGGGUCCUCUACGACCCCUUCCUCCCUCCGCUGCGGCUCAGCACGGGAGGAGAGAAGCUUCGGGGGACGCUCUACAACACUGGCCGACACGUCUCCUUCCUGCCAGCCCCAAGGCCUGUGGUCAAUGUAUCCGGGGGGCCCCUCCUCUACAGCCACCGGCUCAGUGAGCUUCGCCUCCUUUUUGGGGCCCGAGAUGGGGCUGGUUCUGAGCACCAGAUCAACCACGAAAGCUUCUCGGCAGAGGUGCAGCUGAUCCACUUUAACCAAGAGCUCUAUGGGAAUCUGAGCGCAGCCUCCCGGGGUCCCAACGGACUGGCUGUCUUGGCACUCUUUGUGAAUGUUGCUGCCAACUCGAACCCUUUCCUGAGCCGCCUCCUAAACAGGGAUACCAUCACCCGAAUCUCCUACAAAAAUGAUGCCUACUUCGUGCAGGACCUGAGCCUGGAGCAGCUGUUCCCGGAGUCCUUCGGCUUUAUCACCUACCAGGGCUCGCUGAGCACCCCACCCUGCUCUGAGACCGUCACUUGGAUCCUCAUAGACCGAGCCCUCAAUGUCACCUCCCUGCAGAUGCACUCCCUGCGGCUCCUGAGCCAGAACCCGCCGUCCCAAAUCUUCCAGAGCCUCAGUGGCAAUGGGCGGCCAUUGCAGCCCCUGGCCCACCGCGCCCUCCGAGGCAACCGCGACUCGAGACACCCGGAGCGGCGCUGCCGCGGCCCCAACUACCGCCUGCAUGUGGACGGUGCCCGCUGAGAAGAGGACCUGCUUGCCUGCCCCCGCCCCCAAGUAAAGUUAUUAAAGAGACAGAACACC